CCGGGUUGUGGGUGCAGGAGUUCUGCACUGACGGGCUGUACUGUAGGGGCUCCUGUCCAGAUGGGUGAUGGGGACUCGCGGUCCAAACAGCACGCCGAAUGGGCGGAGCCUGCAGCGGCGCCUGCACUUGGUGGGCUUCUUGGACCUCUUUGGUGUCAGCAUGAUUGUGCCAUUACUGAACCAUCAUAUGAAAUCACUGGGGGCAAGUCCAACUACAGCAGGGAUAAUAGGUUCCUGCUAUGGUAUCCUUCAACUGUUUUCUAGCUCAAUUGUGGGGAGUUGGAGUGACAUCGCUGGAAGACGGUAUGCACUAAUUACUUGUAUUCUUAUUAGUGCGCUUGGAUAUGGUCUUCUUGGUUUAUCCAUUAACAUAUAUAUCUAUGCAAUUGCUAGAAUACCUGUGGGAAUUUUUAAACAUUCACUUUCGAUUUCAAAAGCAUUCCUCUCUGACCUUGUAUCUGAGAAAGAGCGUCCCCAUGUCAUGGGAAGGUUUAAUUCGGCUUCCAGCAUGGGGUUUAUCCUGGGACCUGUCGUUGGUGGUUACCUCACAGAGCUGCAGGGUGGUUUUUAUAUUACCUCCAUACUUUGUACUUGCAUAUUCCUUAUCAAUGCAGGUCUUGUUUGGAUGAUGCCACAGUCUACAGACAGAACCAACAUGGUUACACCUAGUAGCCAUGUGAACACGCACAAUAGUAUGCCAUCUAAAUCUGAUAAUCCUGUUCACGCCUCACAGGAAUUCAAUGAAGAAAUACCAAACGAACCUGCACAUACUUUAUGGGCACAGAUUAUAUAUGUAUUUAAUAAAGUCACAGGCGUGGCUUUUUCUCAGAUGUGGGACAUAUUUUUAGUUCGUCUGCUCAUGGCAGUUGCUGUGAUGCUGUACUACAGCAACUUUGCAUUGGCAAUGGAAGAAAGAUUCCACCUGACUCCACGGAUGACUGGCUAUUUAAUAAGUUAUGGUAGCACUCUGGGAGCUCUUGCUGGUUUUUCGCUGGGACCACUGUCGAGACUUUAUCAAUAUAAUAUUUAUACAAUGUUGUUACAUUCCAGCAUUCUCACAUUCUUUUCCAUCCUCUUGUAUUCCGUGGCACCCAAGAUGUGGACUGUUGUACUGUCUUCAACGUUCUUGGCUUUCUCUACAAGUAUAGGAAGAACAUGCAUUGUGGACCUAGAACUCACACUAGGUCAGAAGCAUGGAAGUGGUACGCUUAUUGGUGUUGGACAGUCUGUGACAUCAGUGGGACGCAUAGUUGUUCCCCUCUUCUCAGGAAUUGCACAAGAAUAUAGCCCUUGUGGCCCACCACAGCUUGGAGCUGUCUUGGCAUUAGCAUCCAUUUUCCUAAUGUACAAAAGUAAGUCCUAUUAUGAUGGGCCAGCAAACGGCAAACACAAAAGAGAAUAAAUAGCACAUAGAAGUAUGCUAAAUCUUAAAUAGGGACAUGUGCAAUAACUACUAAUACAUAUAGACAACAUACAAAGUAAGAUGAUGUCUCCUUUUAAAGCCAUGGUUUAUAUCUGAGGAGUUGCUACUUAUGUACAGAUUUUAAUUUAACAGUUUAGGUAUUGUAACCACUAUUAUGAUGGCCACUCUGCUGUCCUAGACUAUAAUGUUGCAAACCAUUUAGCCUAAUAUGAUUGAUAUUCAAUAGGCCUGAAUUGCCUGGGAAUGGCUUUAGUGCAUGCAUUCAUAGUUUAAAGGGAGCCUGGCAGCAAUUCUGACAUGCUUAACCGCUGAAACCACUAGAUAUGGGACGAGGGAGAGCAGGUCAAGCAUACCUUUUGCAGAUCUUUUAUUAUAAGGAGUUGUGUGAAUAUGAACAUUUAUUCUGCUGGUCCCACAAAUGCCUUAAAAACCGACCUUGACUGUGAUGUACAUUCUGCACUGAGCUGCUAUACCAACCUCUCUUGGUAGCUGUAGCAUCCAACGAAGAGACCGCUACAGUUGUCACUCAGAGCAGAGGGGAGGGGCCAUGAAGCAUCUCAAUGCAGAGAGCACUUCACCUUGAAGCUCUGCCUCCAGCACACCCUCAGGAGUAGAACCUGGCGGAAUAAAAUUUCUUAUUCACAAUACUUCUGAUAAUAAAAUCUCCCAAAAAUUUAUGUUUGUCAUGAUUUCCCAGGCUCUUAUCUACCACAUGGUCAAAACUGCUGAUAGACUCCCUUUAAGUGCCUAGUUAGAAGCAAGUUUGCACAAACAAUGAUCUUUCAAGUACAAUAUGGUGUAUAAUUUGGCGACUUAUUUAGCAGAUUAUCUUUUAUAUUUCAAUUGAUAUCUUGGUUGUAUGUGAAGUUGGUUAUUAUACCAUGAUAAUUUGCAUGGCUUAACUGAUUUUAUACCACCAGUUGGCUGACUUAGUUUGGACCUUAACUAUUCCCCCACCCCCCCUUUUUUUUGCCACACCCUAAAACUCAUAAUGGGGGCACAGUACAUGUAUUCCACUUUUGUGGUACAUAUUGAGCUAGAAUUCUGGAGCAUUUAACCUACAGUAAUAAGGCUACUUUCACACUUGCGUUCGGGGCUCCGCUUGUGAGUUCCGUUUGAAGGGGCUCACAAGCGGCCCCGAAUGCAUCC